AUGACGCAUUUGCAGGCUGGACUGAGUCCAGAGACUAUAGAGAAAGCACGUCUGGAACUGAAUGAAAACCCAGAUGUUUUGCAUCAGGACAUUCAGCAAGUCAGAGACAUGAUCAUUACCAGGCCUGACAUUGGAUUUUUACGUACAGACGAUGCCUUCAUCCUGAGAUUUCUCCGAGCCAGGAAGUUUCACCAAGCAGAUGCCUUUAGACUCCUGGCCCAGUACUUUCAGUACCGCCAGCUAAAUCUGGACAUGUUCAAAAACUUCAAGGCGGAUGAUCCCGGCAUUAAGAGGGCUCUGAUUGAUGGCUUCCCUGGAGUGCUGGAAAACCGUGACCACUACGGCCGGAAGAUUCUUCUGCUGUUUGCUGCCAAUUGGGAUCAGA